UGACAUGAUCUGUUUCUCUUCAUCUCAGCCUUUAGCUGGCUAGCCGCGCUGAGCAUCAAGCAUCCCCCGCGAUGGUUGAAGAAGAAACGGACGAGUAAGUACUGUCAUUCUCAUCACUCUCGGAGGCAGAACAACAACAGCUAUGGCUGCUGCUGGAGUUGCAAAGUCGGGUCUCCUUGAGGUCCUAGCCAGAGAGCAAUGGUGCAGGGUGUUAGCCACUUUGGAGGAGGAGGUUUUAACGAUUAGUCUUGAAGAUUCUUUGGACUCGAAUGGGGUAACCAACGGGGGCCAGGACCAUCAAAAUUCUAGCCGACACGACUCUCUCAGGCGGUCGGAAUAUAUUUCAGUACAGGAUCCGAUCCCUGACGCGAUAGCUAAUCAAAAACGCAUCGUUAAAGUAGUGAAGCAAGAAGUAGGUGGCCUAGGAAUUAGUAUAAAAGGAGGCAAAGAAAACAAAAUGCCAAUUAUCAUCAGUAAAAUUUUCAAAGGUCUGGCUGCAGACCAAACUGAGAGUCUGUAUGUGGGGGAUGCUAUAUUGGCUGUGAAUGGUGAAGAUUUGAGAGAUGCUACUCAUGAUGAAGCUGUGCGAGCAUUGAAAAAAGCUGGAAAAGAAGUAAUCUUGGAAGGUAAGAAUGUGCCAAAAUCAAAGGUUUAAACUUGCUAAAACACAAUUUAAUAUGUCAAAAAAAUCUUU